AUGAACAAUCAGUGUAGCCAAGCCAGCGAGACACUAAUAAAAACAGACAAGAUAAUGUUCAAAGCUGCUGACCAAAACAAUGACGGGGUUUUGGACAAGAGAGAGUUUGUUUGGUUCACCCACCCUGAAGAGCACCCAGAAAUGCUGCCAUUCAUCUUGCAGAACACUCUGGACGACAAAGAUACGGACAAAAACGGUGUCAUUGAUUUCCAAGAAUUCCUCGGGGAAAGAGGUAAAAGUCACAGUAAAGAAUGGUUACUUGCCGAGAAGGAGAAGUUUGAUAACGAUUUCGAUAAAGACAAGGAUGGGAUUCUGAAUGCAUCGGAAAUACUUUCAUGGGUUGUUCCCAGCAACGAGGAAAUCGCCGAAGAAGAAGUAGGCCAUUUGUUUGCUGCAUCAGAUGAUGAUCAUGACGACAUUUUGAGUUUUGACGAAAUAUUGGAUAAACACGAAAUAUUUGUUGGCAGUGAAGCGACAGAUUACGGUGAACAUCUUCACAACAUUCACUACUUCCAAGACGAGCUUUAAAGAUUUAAAAAUCUUUAUCGCAAUUAAUUUAUGUUUAUGUUUAUUAUUAUUUCUACUGGAAAGUUGUCUUUUGUAAACUGCAUGCUGUAAAGUUAAUUGAAUAUUAUGUACGUGUCCGUUGGAAAUAGGUUUUAUUUGUAGCUUUUUAUUUUAACAAAAGUAUUUGUUCCUGUGUUUUUAAUUGUUGAUUACCAGUUUAAAAAUGUGGUUAAAAUUUUACGUGGUAUUAGGUGAAUAGUAGUUGUGAUUGAAAGCAACUGUAAAGUUGUUGGUAAAACCUGAUAUUGAAUUGUGUUCACUUUAUGUAACUACUAUUUCGUCUGUUGAACAUUUACAUUGCUUGUAUUGUCGAACAACAUACACACUUUUACCCAUUGUUACACUAAGUCUUUGCUCUUUGGCAGAACAAUAAAGCACUUACGUGGGUUCCACCCGGCAGUCUCAAAUCAAUUCAAGAUGGCAGAUUGGAUGGAUUUAAAUAUAGUUCGGGAUUAAACAUGUCUAUUCUAAAAGCUUUCAUAAUUUGCAAAACUGGUUGUUUUUCAAUGAUUGUGUCCCUCAUGUGCUCUUAACAUAACAGAGCUUGUAUUGAAUAAAGAAAAAUGAAUUUUAAACUAUUAUUUAUAAGUUAAAAAUCUCUGUGAAGAAGACUAAUUUACGGAUAUUUUAUAAUGAUUUUGUAAAUACUUAAAUACAAAAUUACAAAAUUCAGAACACAGUUUGGAUCUUUGUGAAUAUUUUACUGUUUAUUUCCACUUGGUAAACACUUUAAUACUGCCACAAUUUAUUAAAUUAAUUUAAAAAAUAUUUGCGACUAUUUUUAUUACAGAAUGAGAUCCGUGUCGUAGUUUGUUCCAUCACAUUUCUUUGACCAAGUCAAGGCAACUAUCUGUACCACAGACCCUUUGUCUGUUUAGUUUUCCAAUAAUACAUAUUUUUUACAUUGGCCCUGAUAACCCAGAUUUAAUGGAGUGUGAUGUUUACAAGGGGUUUUACUGUAUUUUAGUUUUAAAUGACAUGGACUAAUAGUUCAGACCUAAUUAGACACUAAAUAUAAGGUUUUGCAUGUUGGAAUGGAAAAUGGAAAUAUUUUUUUCUAAAGGACUAUGAAAAAAAAUAAAUCCAUGACAAACAGAAUACUAUUUUAUGUUUGUAAAUUGCAACUCAAUAAUGAAUGCUGAUUAUGUGUAUAUUUUAAUGAUUUAGUGUAUGUUGAGAUUUUAUAAGUAAAUGCCAAAAAAGUUUUAUAAAAAGUCGCUCGAUGGAUACUUAAAAAAAUAACUAGCUACUGGUAACUAAAGGAACUCGUAUUAACAUUUUUCAGAAAAUAUUUAUUUGUACGCCUGAAUACAUAAAUUACUAUUUUACAAAUGUUUGUUACCAUGUCACUUCUUUGGGGACCAGUAAAAAAACAACUAUAUCAGUAUGAUUUAUUUACAUUUUACUUCUCUUGCUUUUUAUUUUUACCAAAUUUAAAUUUUUCACCUUGACAAUUCACCUUUCGUUAGGAAAUCACUUUUCUUAAUAUAAUUAAUUAAUCAAUUAAAAGUGAUUGCUCUCUAUUAAGGUUUGUUCCCACACGCACAAAUAGGUAAGGUGCUAUUCAGUUUCAAGAUCAUAUUUACUUUAUAGAAAUAUUAUUUUAGUUAUUUUUUCAUAAACACCAUGAAUGUAUCCUUUCCUUAACCAUGCCAAUUAGCAAACCUUUAGGGGUUUGCACAUCUCAAGUAAUUUAAAACCUUUAAAUCAGUUUAUAUUUAAUGUUAUUACAGUAACUGUAUUCACAAUCUUUCAAUAUUUAGUAUGAUCCCUAAACUAAGGUGUCUUUAAAUAUACUGCACACAGGUAAUUAAGGACUUUUGUAAGCAUAUUAUAAUUACCUGGUGUUGACAUGUUCCCAUAACACAUACUACUGUAUUAGUAAAUCAAUUAGUAAUAAUUAUUGUUAGUGUGUAGAUGUAUAAACCACUUGAUAUACCCUAGUCAUUAUUAUUGUAAAUGUGCCAUUAUUUAUGUUCUCCUUCUGCGUAAUUUGUGUUAAUAUAACUUAUGCUAAUGUGUCUUUCCUCUAUGAUGUCAAAAGUCACAAAUAUACAAAUUUUUUGUACCAAACUGUUGGUUCCCUUAUUAUAAAAUUUUCCACUCUUGUCGCCAUGAACCUUAAUU